GUCCUAUUGGAUAAACCCCUGUCGGCGCUAAAAGGAUAAAUUUGACCAGCGAAAGAGAUACACUACACUACACUACAUUGGAUACCCACUAUGGUACGUCGCACGCAGACACUCACACACCCAUGUCCACUCAAAGUAAACACGUUUUUUUCCCUCUCACUGCCCUACUCACUGCCCUGCCCUGGCCUCACCUCACCCAACCUUUGCCCCAAAUAGGAAAACGCGUGGAAAACCUUGACAUGCCGAGUGACCACGUCUUUUUCACCUUCCUCGCUUCCUUCGAACCUACCUAUCUCCAUCCCCAUCCCCAUCCCCAUCCCCAUCCCCAUCCACCAUCCACCAUCACGAACAAUUUAGAGAAGCCAAGUAGAAUGGCCGGAGAGCCCUGGUCGCUUUACACCGCCAAGGUGCAUGUCAUGCACUCACUCGGUCAUGUGGACUGCCAGGAACUUUAUUUCAACCCAGGGAGGAAAUAUUCCAACAAAGUCGACAGAUAACUCUCUCUCUCGCAAGCAGGCAGGCAGGCAGUGUGAUGUGAUUGUGGACGCGGCGACGGUCCUUGUCUGUCUUGUCUGUCUGUCUUGUGUGUGUCUUUCGCUUCUCUCUCUCUCUCUCUCUCGAUCGAGAGUCGGGAACCUAGUAAUCCCUCUCUCCCCCUGUUCCUGUUCCUCUUCUUUUCUGGUUUGUUUCCACUUUGGAAUUUGUGACCCUACCUAGAACUCCACCGUUGGGUGGUGUAGUGUAGUUGGUUGAAGCGACCGAUGACAUGGUGGAUGGAUGGAAGCGAAAGAAACAAAAAUGGGCUGGA